AUGGACUUGGCAGGCGUGUUGCUGGCGUUGCUCCUCGUGCUGGUGCUGGUUGUCUCUCUGCUCUCCAACCUCCUGGUGCUGCUAUGCUUCGUCUACAGUACGGAGAUCCGCAAGCAGGUGGCCGGGGUUUUCCUGGUGAACUUAUCCUUUUGCAACCUGCUCCUCACCGUCCUGAACAUGCCUUUUACCCUGCUAGGGAUCCUGAGGAACCAGCAACCCCUCGGGGGCUGCGUCUGCAAAGCGGUGGGUUUCCUGGAAACUUUCCUGACUUCCAACACGAUGCUGAGCAUGGCAGCUCUCAGCAUCGACAAAUGGAUUGCCGUGGUGUUCCCCUUAAGCUACACCAGCAAGAUGCGAUAUAAGGACGCCGUGAUACUGAUGGGCUACUCGUGGCUCCACUCCCUCACGUUCCCCUUGGUAUCCUUGUUUUACUCAUGGGUAGAUUACAGCAGCGUUUAUGCCUCUUGCACCUUGCACCUGAAGGAAGAGACAGAGCGGAGAAGAUUUACAGUGUUCACCAUCGUCUUUCACUCCACCAGCUUCAUGCUGUCGCUAGUGAUCUUGUGUUUCACCUAUUUAAAGGUGUUGAAAGUUGCUCGGUUCCACUGCAAACGGAUAGACAUUAUUACCAUGCAGACUUUGGUAUUGCUGGUGGAUAUCCACCCCAGUGUGAAGCAACGCUGUCUUAACGAGCAGAAACGGAGAAGACAGCGGGCUACCAAGAAAAUCAGUAUUUUUAUAGGGUCAUUCGUGAUCUGUUUUGGUCCCUACAUUAUCACCAGAUUGAUAGAGCUCCUUCCUUUUGUUACCAUAAAUUACUACUGGGGAAUUAUAAGCAAGUGCCUCACCUACAGUAAGGCUGCAUCAGAUCCAUUUGUUUACUCACUUUUACGUCAACAGUACAAAAAAGUUCUGAUCAACAUUGUCAAUAGGAUACUUAAGAGAGACCUGUAUCCGUCAUCAGGGUACAACAGCUCUCUUGACACAGAAAAUGAUUACUGCUUGCACAGAACAAACUAA